AUACCAACUCGCACGCCACGUUUCCUUCCAAAGAAAAAAAACUCGCACGCCGCGUCGAUUUAGGUUUCCAGAGGUAAACUCGCGCGUGGGGCGGAAAGAAAAUGGCACAGCGGAUCUCCUCGACGCCGUGCGACGCGUCCGGCCGCGAGGCGACGGAGGAGGCGCCUCUGCUGGACGUCGAGAAGGGCGUACCCGAAGAACGCGGCACGGCGUCGCCGGCGGACGAUGGGGGCGUGGAAACGUCCGGCUGCCGGCGCUUUUUCCAGGGGUUCUUGGCCGUUGUGUGGCUGUACAUGGUGAAUCAGAUGAGGAAAGAUUAUAGCGCCUGCGAUAAUGCCGAAACGAGACCGGUCAUGGCGCUUCUGAUGGUAGUGAUCGCCUUUACUGUCGCCAACGUGUUUCACUUGGUCAGCACACAGCCUGCGUACCCUCCGGCAUAAUUUACCUCCGUGUUUCACUGAUUUAUUUGGUAGCCCACUUUUACCUAAUAAAGUACUUAUUCGUCGACGAAUAAGUGUACAUGUAAUAGGACAGAUUAUGAAGUGGGGUAAAAAAAAUACAAGAAAGAUGCAAGCUACCAUCUUUCUCCUCUUUAAUUACCUCAACCUCAAUGAGCUAAGUGCAUGUAUGAAGUGAGUAGACCAUGUGUUAAAUGUUAUCGGUCUUGAUACCGUGGGAUGUAAGAGAACCAUUUUUUCUACUUUAAAGCACAUUGAGAAGAUAGAAAUACACUCUUUUAUGGACAAAUUUCGAUUGCCAAACUUA